CGAGCAUAUACCUUCACCAACUAUAUAUACAUGUAGAAAUCUUUUCGUACGUAUGUAGGUGGAAGAAGCUGAUCAGCUAGAGAAUGGAGAUGGAACAGCAGUUGGUUGGAGUGGGACGAGGCACAAAAAAUUGUGGUAAGCCUAGACCUUGUGGCUGCAGCCAAGCAACAACUCUAUUUUCUGGGCGUCGUUGACCGGAACCGUUGGCUGUAUGAAAGCCCCGGUCUUGAUAAGGCCAUCACUAGCUACGGUACAUCUCCGACUGCAAGAUGCUUUAUGGAACUAUUCUUGAUAACUAUCAUGUGGCCUCUUCUACUAAAGGAAUGUCUAAGGGGGAAACAGAAAAAGUGUGGAAACAAUUAUAUCCCAGUGAACCGUUUGAGUUGGAGAUAGGAAGAGCUCUUUCUUGCCAUGAACCUUCACAAACAUCUGCUCAGCACAUAAAGUGCAUGAGCAACGACUAUGACUUGGUUUCAGCGGUGAAGAGGCAAAGCUCAUUUUUCAUGAAGGUAUCAAGACCUCUAAUUUACAAUGAACUUUACCUUAAAGGGGCCGUGGAUAGAUACAAAGGGUUCUUGCAUCUAAUCAAACGAAAUGAAGAAAACUUUUGUUGUGUACCAACUCGAGACAUUGAUCUGAUAUGGCACACUCAUCAGUUACAUCCUGUUUCCUAUUGCAAAGACCUUAUGAAACUACUUGGCAAGGUCGCGGGUCACAAUGACAGAGUAGAACAUAGUAAGUUGGAAAUAGGGUUCUCUACGACCACAAAGCUUUGGGAAGGGACAUAUGGUCGUAGAUAUUAUAGAGAUGCUAAGAUGUACCGACGCAACUCAAUGUUACCUCUUGAAGAUUAUCAUGACCACCUCUCUCACCAUUACACUACAUUAAACAAAAACAUCAGCACUACAGAUAUAGGAUUAUUACGUCUUCCCGAAACCGAGGAUCGGAGGUUCUGGAGGUAAUGUUGGAGUUUGUUGGUUUAAAGAAUGUACCGAAGAAGGAGGAGGGGAGGAGGUUGUUUGUAGCAUUCAGUAAAGAAGGGUCAGAUCGAGUCUUCCAUGCAAAGGGAAGACUUGACAUUCCAUCGCCAUCGCCAUCGCCGAUGACAACUAUGAGCAAUGGUGGGGAAUAUCUGGUAACUUGCUUCCAAUGUGAACCUAGUGGGAAUUUGAUCUUUGAACUUAUGAGUGAACCAUGGAGCUCUAGCAAUAAUACUCUCCCACUAUCUCAUGAACCUCUUCAUGUGAAGAAGACUAUGGGUUCCUUUUCUGUCUCUUUAGGAGAGUUGUUAUCAGCAGCAAUUUCUUCUUCUUCUUUUUCUAAUAAUAAUAAUAAGCUUGUGACUAUGGAGAAAUGGUUUCAAAUAGCAGUAGUUACUGCAGAUUCAAAUAGUUCUAUGAUCUCAAAGCCCAUCUUUUUGGGAAUUUCAAUCUCAGUUUCCAUGCCAACUAAGACACCAUAUGUGCUUCACAUGAUUCCGGCUUCUCCACGACCACCAAAAUCUAAAAGUUCUUCCCUUUUUCAUUUCAAUACUCUCAAGAAUCAACAUUGGACCCGCGUUGUGGACGAAUGUGGUGACCAGAUCAUCCACCUCCAAAUGAGAUUAAGUACUUCCCUGGUUGGAAGAUGGAUUAUCACCUCAAGCAUUCUGAGAAGGAAAAAACUGAAAACGAAUUCAUGACCGCAAUAGAGUUCUCGGAUGAACACCCAUAUGGCAAGGCAAUGGCUAUGAUCGACUUCAAUUCUGGUGCAGUCAAUGUAAAUAAUUUUUUAUCAUUUUGGGCUUAAUAUAUAAUUGGAGUUGUGUGUGUACGUGUGUGUAUGUAUAUAUAUAGCUUAUUGAUCACUCGCCCUUUAUAUUAUUAAAAAAAUUGAAUAUAGGUGAAAGAGGAUUGGUUACUUAUGCCUGUACUGGUAAUUGCUUUUAUACUCUUCGACAUUCUCAAAAAGAAAGGAGUGUAUG